AUGUCUGUGGUUGAAAUUUUAUCACAAGGAACACACUAUAUACAUCAAAUUAUACCAGCAAUUAAAAUAUAUUAUAAACUUAAUAAUUUACUUAAGAAUAUGCUGACAACACAUAACAACGAACAGAAUUUAAUUGUUGUCACAGCUGAAUAUAAUAAUCAAAAAGGCUAUUUUUUAAGUCUUACUUUUGAUGAAUUAUUAAAGUCAUUACAUUUCCUAGAACCAUCUCACCGCACAUUAUAUGAAGUUCUUUGUCAAAAUAACCUUGUAAAUUAUAUUUGA